CUUUAACGUGAGCGAAAGAGACGUUCCAACGUUUUUGCAUUCACUCAACAGCGGUGAUUUUUUUUCUACAGUUGGGGUCCCGGAACAGCACAUCACAGGUGUGUAAGAAGUGUUGGGAUAUUGGGAAGGUGCAAGCUGCCAAAAUGCCAGUUGCUUCGUCAAGUUCGGACUCUGCCAUGCACCAGGUCCUGGACACCCUGAGUGACAGCACAAGCUCCACCACGGCCAAUGACCUUGACCUUAUAUUCCUCAAGGGCAUCAUGGAAAGUCCAGUGGCCCACGAGCGCUAUGAGGAGCCCAAGCUGGAGGCCGUGCGUGAGAACAACAUGGAGCUGCUACAGGACAUCCUGAGAGACCUCACACCCCUCACCAACCGCAGCAAGGCGGCCGACGAACUGGCACGCAUACUCAAGGAGCCACACUUCCAGUCUUUACUGGAGACACAUGACUCUGUGGCAUCAAAGACCUAUGAGACCCCGCCCCCAAGCCCCUGUGCCUUCAUGGACCCGGCGAUGAUAAACCAACCAGUGCCCCCCGACGCGGUGCGCAUGGUGGGCAUCAGGAAGGUGUCAGGAGAGCAUCUGGGUGUGACGUUUCGCGUGGAGGGCGGCGAGCUGGUGAUCGCGCGUAUCCUGCACGGGGGCAUGAUCGACCAGCAGGGCCUGCUGCACGUGGGGGACAUCAUCAAGGAGGUGAACGGGAGGGAGGUGGGCUCGGAGCCCCGCGUGCUCCAGGACAUGCUGAAGGAGGCCACUGGCAGCGUGGUGCUCAAGAUCCUGCCCAGCUACCAGGAGCCACACACACCGCGCCAGGCGUUUGUGAAGUGCCACUUUGACUAUGACCCCGCCCACGACAACCUCAUCCCCUGCAAGGAGGCGGGGCUUAAGUUCAGCAGUGGAGACGUCCUGCAGAUCUUCAACCAGGAAGACCUCAACUGGUGGCAGGCGUGCCACCUGAAUGGGGGCAGUGCUGGCCUCAUCCCCAGCCAGGUCCUGGAGGAGAAGAGGAAAGCCUUCGUCAAGCGAGACCUGGAGCUUAACACAUCAGGACCCCUGUGUGCAGGUAUGGGAGGAAAGAAGAAGAAGAAGAUGAUGUACCUGACCACCAAGAAUGCAGAGUUUGACCGGCACGAGCUGCGGAUAUACGAGGAAGUGGCAAAGGUCCCGCCGUUUCGCCGAAAGACGCUGGUUCUGAUUGGAGCGCAGGGCGUGGGCCGCAGGAGCCUGAAGAACAAGCUGCUGGUGUCCGACGCACAACGCUACGCCACCACCACUCCCUACACAUCCCGUAAGCCUAAGGUGGGGGAGAAGGACGGCCAGAUGUACCUCUUCAUGUCCCGCAGCGAGAUGGAGACGGACAUCAAGUGCGCACGCUUCCUGGAGCACGGGGAGUACGACAACAACCUCUACGGCACCAAGAUCAACUCCAUCCACGAGGUCAUCGACUCCGGAAAGAUCUGCAUUCUGGACGUCAACCCUCAGGCUCUAAAGGUUUUGAGGACGUCAGAGUUCCUUCCGUAUGUGGUAUUCAUCGAGUCUCCAGACUUUGAGGUGCUCAAGGCCAUGAAUCGGUCAGCCAUAGAGUCAGGAGUUGUCACCAAACAGCUCACGGACUCUGAGCUGAAGAGGACGGUGGACGAGAGCGAGAGGAUAAAGAGCGCCUAUGGACACUACUUUGACUUCACCAUCGUCAACGACAACCUGGAGGGUGCCUACCGCGGCCUGAGGGGGGCGCUGGAGAGACUCACCUCUGAGUACCAGUGGGUGCCAGUCAGCUGGGUGUUCUGAGACCUUAUGAGCCCUGACAGUGAGAGACAGUAAGAUAUAGAUAGCGAGAGGGGGAACUAGAGAGAGGAGUAGAGAUGAGCUCUGCACAACUGAAUGGUGGAGGCAAAGGAACGUAUGGGAGACAGAAGGGAAAAAGUCAGAGUGACAUGUCCUGUUGAAAUGCCAUUCCACGAGGCAGAUCUUAUUGGCUGGCUUUAGUGCCACUCAACUAGGCUAGCCAGCUGUCCAUCUUCACAGUUUGUGCUUGGCAGAUUUGAGAAGAUAUCACAGACAUGUAUGGCAGAUGCUGUAGAACUUCACAAGUGUGUGUGCAUUUGUGUGUGCUUGUGUGUGCGUGUGUGUGUGUGUGUGUGUGUG